AUGUCGAAGUUAGGGAGAAAGAAGGAGCUGGUGAAGAGCAACAACGUCCUGCAGUCCAGCGUCACCGCUAAAGACUUUUGGUAUCUUACUGGAUCUCCCUCUGUUGUAAGUCCUUCAGCUGUUUCAACUGAAGCAAAGAGGGGACGAUUUCCUAUCUGGCCAGAAUGGAAUGAAGCUGACAUAAAUGCAGAGAAGUGGGAUGCAGGGAAAGGUGGAAAGGAAAAAGAUAAAUCUGGAAGAAGUCCCAUUUUACAUGUCUUUGAAGAUCCGGAAGGAAAGAUCGAUUUACCACCUUCUUUAAAAGUGAGUUCCUGGAGACGACCACAAGAAUUUUUAAUCAAUAAGGUUCCUGUGGUAGUGAAAAAUGAAAUCUGGUUUGACCUCUUUUCAGCCAAUGAACAUUUAAUGGGCAGUGAGCUGAUGAGAUGGAUAAUCUGUGAAAUUUGUGCAGCCUGGAGAAUAUAUAAUGCAAGUGUUUUAAGUGGUGAUGGUAAAGCUAAUAUAAGUGAAAUGCCUACGCUAUUGUGGAAACCAUGGGAACAUAUAUACUCAUUAUGCAAAGCUGUCAAGGGACACAUGCCAUUGUAUAAUAGCUAUGGAAAAUAUGUGGUAAAGCUCUAUUGGAUGGGAAGCUGGCGAAAAAUCAUUGUGGAUGACAGUAUACCUUUCAGUGAAGACAAUUACAUGUUGCUUCCAGCUACAACCUGUGAAAUUGAACUUUGGCCACUGAUAUUAUCCAAAGCCAUCAUUAAACUAGCAAACACAGAUAUAAAUGAAGUCGGGAAAAGAGAACUAGGAGAAUUCACAGUUCUGCAUACUCUUACUGGAUGGAUACCAGAAAUUAUUCCUCUCCGGUCUGGAUAUUUGGAUAAGGUUUGGGAAUUCUUAAGAGAUGUAGUUCCAGAAUUUAAGCUGCCAGAAGAGUCACUCUCUGAUGCCAAACCAUCAAUUGCAGAUACAAAAAAAGCUUCUGAAAUUAAAAAUGACAUCCAGACUUCCAUAAAGGUGGCAGAAAAGCCAGAAAGAGCUGAGAAAACUGGGAAAGAAAAGUUAGAUCAAAAAGAUGUUGCAAAGAAGAGAAGCAAGGAUGGGGAAAAGGUGAAGCCAGGCAUUCAUUCUGCACGAUUGAUGUCUACUGAUUAUCAAAGUUCUCUUCAGAUAUUUCUUGAUGGUUCCGUAGCACCAUUGCAGCCACAGAUGGUGCUUUAUGCUUGCUAUGCACCUCUUUAUGUAUCUGAAAGAAAGAUCUUUGAAUUAGGGAAAAUGGCUGAUUCUUCUGAGAAGUUACGUGAAUAUGGUCUCUCACAUACAUACAGCCAUCCGGCACUGAUAACCAGAACAAGGGCAUGUUCUUUGUUAGCACCACUGAAACCACUGCCUAUACCUCGAUGGAAGCUUAUCCGCCAGAAAAAGGAAACUAUUGUGACAGAUGAACCCCAAGAACUUGCAUUCAAAAAACCCGACCAAUUUAUUGAGAUUGCCAGCCCUUUUCUUAACUUUAAACUUUCUCCAAUAUCUAUACCAAGAGAAACCCACUUUCCACCAUCUACUUUCAAAAAGGGAUCUCUUCCAGCAUGUAGCCUUUCAUUUGUCACUGAAAAUGAUGAAAAUGUACCUGAUGCUUCUGUAGAUACGAAUCCCAUGAGUACAGAUGAGAAUUCUCAGGAAUCUAAUAUUGGUCAGCAACAUAUUAUAGAAGGAAACAUAAAAGAUGAAUCGAAUGAAAAAAUAAGUAGUGAUGCCGUUCAGAUGUUAGAAUCAACUGAGCCUGGCUUAGGCAAUUAUUUGAUGAAUAAAUCUCAGGAAGAAAUUGAGGCAGAAAAGAGUCCCGUUUCCAAAGAAAUAUGGAUCGACUAUGAAGAUUUCUGUACUUGUUUUCAGAAUAUAUAUAUUUUCCAUAAACCCAAUACUUAUGCUUACAGCUAUCAGAAAUCAGAUUUUAGGAUGAUAGAGGAUCGUGUCUCCUAUUACUUGUGUGUGGACAGUCUGAAACCUAUUGAAAUCCUAGUUAGUUUUUCUGCAUUAGUACACUGGGGAGAUUCAGGAGUUGGACAAAAAGAUUACCAUAUUAUACCCAAGGGCUAUCUCUUGGUUGAAAAAUUCUCAUGGAAGAAUCUGUCUCCAGGAAAAUUAAUCCUAAAGCUCCAUACAUAUGCCACCAAAGCUGCUAUGAUAAAUCUCCCUCCUGGGCGCCAUGUGUUACUCUUCACUGCAAGUUCUCCCAUAGGGCACCAUAUCCAUCUGUGCAGUAUGGUACCAUGUGUGUUUGGUGAAGAGGAUGUUGUUCUGCCAAAUCUUGACAAGGAGAGCUACCGGUUUAUAGAGCAAGCGACAUCUAUCAUGAAAGCCAUUGGAAGUCCGCUAAAUAAUUUUGGAAACUGGCCAGAUCUUUCCAGAGCUAUGAGGGGACUGGAAUUAACACACUGCCCUCCUGGCCUCUAUGGUACAGGAAUAGCUAGAGAACACUUCAAGGCUUUCAAUAAUGCUUUUUGGCAUUUGAUAAAACAAGCAUUAGGGAGUGUUCCUCCAAACUAUGAAUUUGCUUACAAAUGUUUCACUUUGGAUUUUAAAAGUGAGGUGCCUGUUGAUGAUUCUGUAUCCUCAGAGGUGAUAGAAACAAAUAUUCCUCAGUGGCAAAACAGAGCUUCCACACCUGAAGAAGAAGCUGCCGUGCUUAAAAUACAGGCUGCUUGGAGAGGGACUUGUGUGAGGCAGAUAAUCAAUGGCAGAAGACCAGGUACCAAGGAGAAUAUGAAAGUCCGAGAAAUACUUCAGAAGUUGUGGGCUCUGAUUGAGCCAAAUUUUGAACAGUAUUCGUUGACAUUUUUGAGAGAUAUAUUUAAAAGUAAUUGUAAGUCGGUGCAAAAAUAUCGCUGCUAUGAAGAUGAAUGGACUAAGACAUCUUUUGCUGAUUAUACGGUGACAUAUGGUGAUCAGCCACCCAAUUUUUGGUUUGUGGUCUUCAGGGAAGUAUUUUAUGUGCCAGAAGAUAUGGUCAUAGUGCCAAAGGUGUAUACAGCUAUACCUACUUGUGUGUUGCAUGUGGUUGACAAUGACACGCUGAAGGAAAUGCCUCGGAUCUUCCUUAGAGUGGCACCACAUCUUUAUACAAGGAAUAAAAAAGGCUAUACCUUUAUGGCUGAAGUUCAAACUGGUGAUUUACCUGUGAUGGCCGGGAAAUGGAGGCUUCGGCUCAUAGGUUCCUACAUGCCCCUUCCUAUUGCUGUUCGUGAGGCUCUAAACAAUGUCUAUUCGGUUAAGGAAGUUAAAGACUAUUAUGUGCCAAAUGAUAAGCAUAUUAUCUUCAGGUAUGCUGUAAAAGCAACAGUACCACUUAUUGCUACUGUGCAAGUACAGACCUCUAAAUCAGAUGUAAUGAUUAAACUCCAAGUUCUAGAUUCAGAGGAAGAAAUUGUGAGCACCAUUGGGAAGGGCCAUGCUGUUAUACCUGCGUUUCAGUUCAUGUCUAAUGACAGAUCAUUAAGUAGUCAGUCAAGUAAAGGUCAGGUUCAAAGCACUGUGAAAAAGGAACCUGAAGUUGUAAUUCCUAAGAAAAAAGGUACUGUAUCAGGACAAAAGAAUGUCAAGGCUCCAACUAAGCCUCUACAGGAAGGACCAGCUUCAGUAGAAGAAGAAAUGUUGACCUUUGUGCCUGUCAUAGAAGAAAAUAUACCUCAACAGACUCACAAGUACAUUGUACAAGCCCAGGUGUUGCAUAACAGCUGGCCUCUUACUGAAAGCCAAAUGACAUUUGUUCAAACAUUGAGAGAAUUAGAAAAAAAUGAAAUUAAAGCGCAUGCUGUUGAGAAACACGAAGAGAGUAUAUCCAUCCUAAGUCCAGAUGUUCACAGCAACACAGAAGGGCAAAAAUCUGCAGGCUCUUCAAAAACAACUCGGAAAGCAAAAGACAAAGCAACUGACAAGGCAGAAAAAACUGCUAAAGAAAAACCUCCAUCUGCCUCCUCCAGACCAGAAUCACAGCAAUCCGAUCCAAACAAGCCCAACUGGAUAUUGCGUUUUGUCAUUGAACAAAAUGAAGCGGAAGCUUUGGAUGUAAAGAAAGACACUGAGAGAACCGAUGAGAUCAAAGCUAUGAAGCAAGCAUGGGAAGCUGCAGAACCAGGGAGAGCUGUCAAGGCUUUUCAGGAACGCAUGAAGUUUAUCAAUAAAUGCAUGCGGAAAGGUUUGGUCUACUCUGAAGCUGAACCUGCCAGCACUGUGGUGGGUUCUGGAGAAACAGGUAUGUCUACUUAUCCAGCUCCUGAACCAACGCCACCUCCAGCCCCUGCUGAAACAGGUUCAGGAGCUCAGCGAAAGGAAUGGGAGCCUCUGGACCUUACCCCCUACAUUAGAAAAACACUUCCUGAGCCUGUGCUGAAGAAUGAAUCUAUUAUUCAAGAGCAAGAGAUGCAUAAAGCAGAAGAAAUCAAUCUUUUCAGGCAGUUUCGAGAGAUGGUCCUGGAACACAGACAGCAAGAGCACAUGGCUAGGAAUCAGCUGAAGCAAAAUGUGAUUGAAAUGUAUGAAGAUCAACAAGCAACCUUAGAUGAAGCACGAGGCAGGGUUCUCAGCAUCCGGGAGGCAUACAGAGCUAAGCUACUAGAGGCUGAGCGUUUAAGACAAGAAGCACUAGCUGCUGAAGAAGCCGCCGCUCGAGCAGAACAAGAGAAGAAAACCCCAGAUGUACAGAAAAAAAAGCCAGGAAAACAUGCAGGGAAGAAAAAGUAAUCUUGCCUCAGAUAGUAACUGUAGGCACUUCUUUACAGGUCAGGAA